AUGUCACAUAAGAAAGGAUCAUCAGAGGUAUCCCAUCAGAAAGGAUCGGUGGAGGUAUUUCAUUGGGAAAAAUCGUCAGAGGUGUCACACAAGAAAGAUUCGUCAGAGGUAUCACAGCAGAAGGCACCGUCAGAGAUACCACAUCAGAAAGGAUCGGGAGAGGUGUCACAUCAGAAAGGAGCGUCAGAGAUAUUCCAUCAGAAGGCACCAGAUAUCCCAUCAAAUGGUACCGUCAGAGAUAUCCCAUCAAAAGGCACUGCCGGAGAUAUCCCAUCAAAAGGCACUGCCGGAGAUAUCACAUCAAAAGGCACUGCCGGAGAUAUCACAUCAAAAGGCACUGUCAGAGAUAUCACAUCAAAAGGCACCGUCAGAGAUAUCACAUCAAAAGGCACCGUCAGAGAUAUCACAUCAAAAGGCACCGUUAGAGGCAUCACAUCAAAAGGCGCCGUCAGGGAUAUCACAUCAGCAAGGACCAUCAGAGUUAUCACAUCAGAAGAGAUCAGCAGAGGUACCACAUCAGAAGGCACCGCCAGAGAUACCACAUCAGAAAGAAUUGGGAGAGGUGUCACAUCAGAAGGCACCGUCAGAGAUACCACAUCAGAAAGGAUCGGGAGAGGUGUCACUUCAGAAGUCACCGUCAGAAAUACCACAUUAGAAAGGAUCCUCAGAAAUACCACAUUAGAAAGGAUCGUCAGAGGUGUCACAUUAGAAAGGAUCGUCAGAGAUAUCCCAUCAAAAGGCACCGUCAGAGAUAUCCCAUCAAAAGGCACCGUCAGAGAUAUCCCAUCAAAAGGCACAGUCAGAGGUGUCACAUCAGAAAGGAUCAUCAGAGAAAGAAUCGGUGGAGGUAUUCCAUCAGAAAGGAUCGGGAUAGGUGUCACAUCAGAGAUGAUCGUCAGAGGUAUCCCAUCAGGAAGGAUCGGUGAAGGUUUUUCAUUGGAAAGGAUCGUCAGAGGUACCACACAAGAAAGAAUCGUCAGAGGUAUCACAUCAGAAAGCACCGUCAGAGAUAUCACAUCAGCAAGGACCAUCAGAGUUAUCACAUCAGAAGAGAUCAGCAGAGGUACCACAUCAGAAGGCGCCGUCAGAGUUAUCACAUCAUAA